GGUUUUGGUCAUUUUCAUCCAAAAUGGCUGCAAUGCUUAAAUCAUCGAUGGGCUCUCAUUACUGUUGUAUGCUUGCAAGUUUUUAUUGCUGGCAUGCUAGUCAAUGGAUUUGAUACAGUUACAGUCAGUUCUGUAGAGAAAAGAUUUCAUUUAAAAAGCACAGAGAUAGGAGCAUUUCCAGCAUGUGAGGAAGUCUCUGCUGCUAUCACUGGUUUCCUUGCUAGCUAUUACGCUGGUCAACGACAUAAGGGCAAAUUCUUAGCGACAGGCGCCGCUGCAACAGGUAUUGGUGCUAUAAUUUAUGCUCUACCUCAUUUCUUUGCUGGUCAAUAUCAUCCAGCAAGUCCUAUUACAAAUUAUACUGAUUUAUGCAUGGCUAAGCCGUCCUCUUUUGCUGCUGAAAUUUGUCAGGAAGAAGGCAGCCGAAGUAACACUUUUGUCCGAAAUUUCUUUUUCGUGUUUAUUUUGGGUCAAAUUAUAAUUGGAGCAGGCAAUAACUUAUUGUGGAAUAUUGGAUGCGCCUAUGUUGAUGAAAAUGUUCAUCCCACAUCAUCUGCGAUGUAUCUUGCAGCUAUGCUAACUUUAUCGACUGUUGGGCCAUCUGUAGGUCUACAGCUUGCAAGUAGAGUAUUACGAAUGUAUGUUGAUUCUCCUGCUUCGGCACCAGAAGGAUUGACCAUACUAGAUCCAAGAUGGAUUGGGGCUUGGUGGAUUUGCUUUCUCAUUGCUGGUGUGGGCCUUCUUAUUAUAUCGAUACCCCUUUAUGGAUUUCCUCGCCAUUUACCAAACUAUGAAAAAUAUAAGAAAAUGCGUCAAGAAAAAGCCAAUGAAACUUCUAAAAUCGAUUAUGAAUAUGGCUACACUAUUAAAGAUAUGCUUAAAGCAAGUAAAGAAUUAGUAACUAAUAAGCCAUACAUGCUGCUAGUUGGAGGUCUCGUAUCUCAGUAUGUUACAGUAUCAGGCCUCGGAUAUUUCCUAAUUAAGAUAUUUGAAGCCCAAUUUCGUAUGCCAGCGUACCAAGCAGGUCCAAUCUUGAGCUAUAUCGCUCUAGGUGGUGGUGCAGGAGGAAUGCUAAUGGGUGGUGUGGUGAUGAAGCUAUUUAAAAUGAACGGUGCUAAAGCUGCACAAUUAGCAUUUUUUCUGGGUAUUGUUGAUACUAUCGCAGCAGCAACCUUCUUAGCUGGUUGCCCAAAUCUUCCAUUUGCUGGAGUAAAUAGUCCCUAUUCUGCGAAUCUUAUAACUGAUACACCUAAAUUGGGAGAACCAAUUCUAGCUGCUACAUGUAAUUCUGGGUGUAUGUGCAAUGAUGUUAAAUACAACCCGAUUUGUGGAGUUGAUGGUACAACUUAUUUCUCUCCUUGCCAUGCUGGGUGUUCAAGCAGUAUCUACGUACCGCAAUAUUACACUUAUGCCUAUUUGAACUGCAGCUGCAUCAAAAAAGAGAAUAAUUUAACUUCAGCUUUUGAUGCUAGAGGUGGAUUAUGUUCUGCGUCUUGUUCCUUAUUGACUCCGUUUUAUGUUGGUUUAACUAUUUAUGUCUUGGCGUCAUCCGCUAAAAUUGUAUCAGCAAUGGAAGCAAUAUUAAGGAGCGUACCAGAAAGCCAAAGAUCAUAUGCAAUGGGCCUCAAUUGGGCUUUUCUUCGAUUAGCAGCCAGUAUGCCAGGUCCAAUUAUUGUUGGCAUAUUUAUAGAUCAGUCGUGCAUUUUAUGGACUAAAAAUUGCGAUUCCUCUUCAACUUGUUGGGUUUAUGAUAGUAAAACUAUAUCUUAUUAUAUUACAAUUUUAAUCGCAAUCGUUAAAACUUUAGGCACAAUCUGCUUUUUUUUUAGUUGGUGGCAUCAUAAAAGCCAUCAGAUUACA